UACCUUUCCAUUUCCACCCAUUAGGAAAUUUCCCUUAUGGGCAAAAAUUCUAACCGGUAGGAAAAGUUGUCCACAUUACAAGAUCUAAGGAAUAAGACCCCUUCCCAUACACAAAUGAAAGCAAGGUUAGAUGAACAAAGAAUUCACAAAAAACCAAAGCCUAAAUGGAAGGGGAAAUCAAGAACUUAGUCAAGGUAUGGCUUUCAAUUCUAUCAUCUCUUUGCUAUUGCUAUUUUUUAGCCUCAAAGAUCCCUAAAGGCAAGCGUAGGCUCCUUUCUCUUCUUCCAAUUUUGUUCCUCUUCACCAUCCUUCCUUUCUACCUCACUUAUGUCUUCCCCAUAGGCCUAGUUGCUUUGUUCUUCUCUUGGUUAGGCAACUUCAAGCUCCUUCUCUUUGCCUUUGAUAAAGGGCCACUUUCAUCUCAUCCACCAUAUUCCCUCGUCCAUUUUAUCCUCAUAGCUUCUCUGCCUAUAAAAAUCAAGGAAAAUAAAAAAUACCCAUCUCCCCAAAUUCCCCAAUCACCUCAAAUUUCAUCUCCAAAACAUCCUAAAUUGCCUCUAAAUUGGCCAACCAAAGUGUUGCUUUUUGCCAUUUUGGUUAGUGCGCAUGAUCAUAUGCAAUUCAUGCACCAAAAGAUUGUAUUGCUUCUUUAUUGUUGCAUGGUGUACUUAUUGAUAGACAUAAUUUUUGGUAUAUCCAAUGGUCUAGUACGUUCCGUCUCAGAAUUUGAACUCGAAUCACCGUCCAAUGAACCUUAUCUUUCAACAUCAUUGCAAGAUUUUUGGGGUAAGAGAUGGAACCUCAUGGUAACAAAUCUUCUACGCCACACCAUAUACAAACCCGUUAGGUUAUUUUCGGACAACUUGUUAGGUUCCAAGUGGGCUCCACUCGCGGCUGUGCUGGUGGCUUUCCUUGUUUCUGGUCUAAUGCAUGAGCUCUUGUUCUACUAUAUCAUACGAGUGAGUCCCACGUGGGAGGUAACAUGGUAUUUUUUGUUGCAUGGGGCAUGUGUGGUCAUGGAGUUCGGGGUGAAAAGGGUGUUUUCCGGCAAGCUUCAGCUGCAUUGGGCGGUGUCAGCGCUGUUAACGGUAGGGUUCGUGGUGGCCACCGCCAUGUGGUUGUUUUUUCCACCCUUGCUAAGGACUGGUGUGGUACAAAGAGCCAUUGAAGAGUGCAAAAUCUUGUUAUACUUUGCAAAGGUUUUAUUAAAAGUGAAAUAUGAUUAAUUGUAGUUAGAUUACUUAGGCAAAUAUUUUUUUAUUUUUAUUGUUAUUUUUUUGUAAUUGAGAGAUUUCUUUUAUUGAAAAUGCAAUAUGUGAAAGGAUAUGAUAUUUUUG